AGGCUCAGAAGGAAUGCAUGUCUUUUGUCUUUUGUGAAUGUAAGAUCACUUAAAACACACACCCUGAUUGUUCUCAGGUGCGUUGCAGGUAAAACCGGAGACAGGUCACAUCAAAUAUUAAACUGUUGAGCAAAGAAAUCUUCAAAAAUGGCACAUGUGUGGGACGACCUUGAAAGUAUGUUAAGAGCUCCUUUGCCAGGGACAGGGGAGAGAGGCACCAUUAAAGCCAAAGCUAACUUCAAUGUUAAUGAAGAUGUUGCGGCUCUCCGCAAAGCAAUUCAGGGCAUGGGAACAAAUGAGAAGUCUCUGAUUGAAAUACUAACCCAGAGAAGUAGCAGUCAAAAACAGGCUAUUGCUAGAGCAUAUCAAGAAGCCACAAAAAAGGUGCUUGUUAAUGACCUGAAGGGUGAUACCCAUGGCAAGUUUGAAGAUUUGAUUGUUAGGCUCGCAUCCCAGCCUGCAGUCAAUGAUGCUAAGGAUAUAAUUAAGGCAACAAAAGGGGCUGGAACCGACAACAGCAUCCUGAUAGAAAUAUUAGCCUCAAGGACAAAUAAACAAAUCAGAGAUUUGUCUGCAGCUUAUGCUGAGGAAAUGAAGAAAACGCUGGUACAGAUGCUAAAUCAUGAAGUUUCAGGGAAAUUAGGCAAAGCCCUUAUUUUGCUUGCUGAGCCUGCUAGAGAUGAGAGCACCAGUGUGAAUGCAGGCCAGGCUAAAGAGGAUGCACAGGCACUCUAUAAUGCAGGAGAGAAGAAGUUGGGAACUGAUGAGUCCAAGUUUAUCGAGAUCCUCUGUAAAAGGAGCAUCCCUCAACUGAGACAAACAUUAGUGGAAUACAAAAACAUCAGUGGGAAGACUCUGCAGAAGAGCAUUGAGAAGGAGAUGUCUGGAGACCUGGAAGAGUUGCUGGUCACCAUUGUGAAAUGUGUUAUGAACACUCCAGCAUACUUUGCUGAAAAACUCCAUAAAAGCAUGAAGGGAGCAGGCACAGAUGAAGAGACUCUGACCAGGUUAAUGGUCAGCCGUGCAGAAGUUGACAUGAUGGACAUCAAAGCUGAAUACAAAAAGCUCUAUCAGCGUCCACUCGGCAAGGAAAUAAGUUCGGAUGUGUCUGGAAACUAUGAAGACUGCUUAAUGAUGAUUUGUGGAGCAGACUAGUACAGGAAACUACCUGCUGCUUAUAUCCUAAACAGGAUUAAAUGGGUGAUGGUAUAACCCAAGAAGGAACAGUAUGGUUCUUCAUAUUGAUUUGUGAGUAAUUUUUAAAAAUCAUAACCAACAUAAAUCUGUGUUGGUAAAUGGACCGGGGACGACUGGACAGUAAUGGAAAUGACUUUAACGGUUACUAAGCUAUAUUAGAAAAACGAUUUAGACUUUAAACUGUAUUUUGCAAACUGCAAAUAUAUUUAAUACAAAAGAAAGUACAGUUUUUACAUAUUAUAUUGUGAGAUGAACUUUGUCCUUACAAUGUAAAGACCUUUGUCCUUACAUUAUGUGUACUUUAUCAACAGGGUUGUACAUGUUGUCUAGGCUUUGUUUAAAAUAAUAUGUUAAAAUAAUUUAAGCCACUUUUUCUUAUUGGUCUAAAUGUCAUUUUGUUAUUAUUUCCAUGUCUGUUUCUUUCUCUGCCAUUAAAUUUUAUUUGGCCAUUA